GGGGCGCGGCGGUGGCGCUGGGGGCGUCCGGAGCGGUUGCGGCACCGCACGCAGCGGACGGCGCUGUGGUGAGUGGGGGUGUCCGAGAGUCGGGGGGGGUCCCGUCGGUGCGCGCGGGUUCGGUCGGUGCGUGCGGUGCCCACAGUCAGCGCGGCGCUACGCGUCCGAUCCGCGUCGGGGGUGUCGGAUCGCGCUGUGCUGAGCCUGCUGUGCUGUCGCUGCGCGCUCACCGCCCGCCCCGCGGCGUGGGGGAGAGUGGGGACAGCGAAGCAAAGAGGAGCGCGUGGCGGGGGACAACAGCUGUUGAGUGAAAGAAAAGGAGGAGAGAAGAGGAAAAAUCAAGUGCUAGCAGCGAUAACGACGUGCACGUACACGUAGGUCGCUCUGAAAGUAAUACCUCCUUUUUAUUUCCAUUGAAACUGUAAUAGAUACAAAGAGCACAGUAACACUGUCUGGUAGAGCAAAUUCUCAGCAACAAAACACUCCUUCUCAACGUAGUCACCACCAUUACCUACGCAUUGGCACCAGCAAUUAACCAGAGCCUGCAUGCUACGCUCGUAAAAAUCGGCACCAGCAGAUUUUUUGCAGCUGCUAUGACGGCACUGUUGCUAGGAAACUGUUGCCCACACAGUCCAUCUUUCAUCGGCCUGAACAGAUGACAGUCAGAAGGUGCCAAAUCCAGACUAUGUGUGUGGCGGGUGCAGUAGGACAGUCCAACCGAGAUUGGCAACGUGUUCCGUGGCUUUCAAACUGCUAUGGGGCCUGGUGUUAUUGUGUUUGAAAGAGAAAGGUGUUUGUCUUCUCCCAUCUGUCUCUGUGGGUUGUGAGGAAGGUGAAUUUAUCCCAUUGCCCAAACAGGGCACUCCCUGCCUGGCAGGAGUUGCUGGCACAGCGGAGUCAGACAGUGACAAUUUAUGAGACAUUUUCUUAGAGGAAUAGUGUGAGACGACUUACUGAACUUUCUAACAACAGGCAAUCAACUACUUGAGGUAAAAUUACACACCUUUCUAAAAACAGUUAACUGUUUCACGGCGUGAUUAGGCAAUUUUCUGAUGACAAUGAAUGAUGUGGAUCGAGAAUACUUUGGCACUGGUAUUACUUCCUUAUCAAAUUCAGGAAAUGGCCACUAAAGAAACGACUAGAGAAGACAGGAAGGAGAGAAAGAAGAAGAAAGAAAAGAGAGGAAAUGCAGAAAAGUGGGGAAAAAAUGAGAGAAAGUGAUGGACAGAGGAAAGAGAGCACCAGUCUGCUUCAAAGAGUUCUAGCACUGGGGCUACUGGCGGUGAAGGAGGAAUGUAGGUGGUCGUGCACCCUUGUAUGCCUGCUGGGUUUGCAGUACACUGUCCCAGCAUCAUAAGCAAACAAGUUCGCAAUGAGAAAUUUGAUGUAAAAUAAAUUUGUAGCAAAAAAACCUGUCUUUCUGGAAAGAAGGCCUGUUUUUUGGAGAAAAUAAUCUCACAGGAUCCUGUGCUCUGCAAAAUUUGAUUUGUUGUCAUGGCAGCGCUGUGUCUUAGAGGUGUUGGAGCUUAUCUGUUGGACAGACAAGAGCUGCAGUCUUCGUUCCUAUAAAUUACUGCGUCUACCUACUGAGCAUGUGCCAAUGUGAAAAGUUCAUCUAAAGGACAAGUGAUGAAGACUAUCAGAGACCCGGAUGUAGUAAAAAGACCCCCGGAAUAAACUGUUAGUACUGACAAAGGACACUGGAUGGCAGCAGAGUCCAUGGAAAAAAUGGCGCCCACCGACCUGCAUUGACGCUUGCUGGAUGUUUGUGGAGAACCCAGAGUGGAUUUUCCCUGGAAUUAAGAAGCAUUACUUUUGAAGGAACUUACGUAUACGUGCCAAGACGUGAAAUGCCCAUGCUCCACACCUCUGCACGCUGCCUGCCUUUCACCUGUGACCGUCCCAACCUGCAGGAGGGCAGCAAAUGGCCACAGCACAUCCAUCCCAGGAGCCCGUGACCUUUGGGGACGUGGCCGUGUAUUUCAGCAGGGAGGAGUGGGCGCUGCUGGACCCUGCGCGGCGAGCCCUGUACUGGGAUGUGAUGCUGGAGACGUAUGAGUGCAUAGCCUCGCUGGCAUCUAAACCUGUGGUGAUCCCCCUGCUCGAAGGAGGGGAAGAUCCCUGGAUCCCAGAUGUACACAGCCUGAAGGACAUGGCAGGAGACAUCUGCUCGGCAGGUGAUGGGAUCACAAAUUCAAAGGAGAAUCUGCAGGAGAGUGGUGUAUCCAGAAGUCAGUGGGGUGGCAUCUCUCUUGGGAAAACCAGAAGGGAAUUCCAAGGAGGCCUGGAGCAAGGAAAGCACAUGAAGAAGCCUCUGGGAAACCAUCCAGGAAAGAGAGUGAGUGAAACCCCGGCCUGUGGCAAAGGUCAAAAGCAGGCAAAAGAGCUGAGCCAGAAGAACGGGCAGAACCCAUGCAAUGAGUGUGGGAAGAGCUUUAAGGAUCAUUCCUACCUUGCUGUCCAUCAACGCAUCCACACAGGAGACAAACCCUUCAAGUGUCCCAGGUGUGAGAAGAGCUUCAAGUGCAGUUCUCAGCUCGAUUACCAUGAGCGCAUCCACUCAGAAGACAGACCCUACAAGUGCCCUGAGUGUGAGAAGGGCUUCAGAAGCAGUUCCAACCUCCUGAUCCAUGAGCGCAUCCACACCGGAGAGAGACCGUUCAAAUGCUCUGAAUGUUCAAAGGGCUUCAAAAGAAGAUCCCACCUCGUGAUCCACCAGCGCGUUCACACAGGAGAGAGACCCUACAAGUGCCCAGAGUGUGGGAAGGGCUACAAAACCAGUUCUCACCUCAUGACCCACCAGCGCAUCCAUACAGGAGACAGACCCUACAAAUGUUCCAUUUGUGGAAAGGGCUACAAGAGCAGUUUUGAAUUUAAAUGCCACCAGCGUAUCCACACAGGAGAAAGACCUUACAAGUGUUCUGAGUGUGCAAAAGACUAUAAAACUAGUUACCAACUCAUGAUCCACCAGCGUAUCCACACAGGAGAAAGACCUUACAAGUGCCCCGAGUGUGCCAAGGGCUUCAAAAGCAAGUCUCAGCUCAUGGUCCACCAGCGCAUCCACACAGGAGAAAAACGCUACAAGUGCCCUGAGUGUGCAAAAGCCUUCAGAAGCAGUUCCCAAGUCACGAUUCACCAGCGUACCCACAGAGGACAGAAACCCUACCAAUGCUCUGAGUGUGAGGAGAGCUUUGGGAGCAGUUCUGACCUCAUCUCCCACCAGCACGUCCACACAGGAGACAAACUCUAUAUAUGUGAUGAGUGUGGGAAGGGCUACCAAGGGAGUUCCACGCUGCUCUCCCACCUGCACAUCCCCACAGGAGACAAGCACUACAAGUGUCCUGAGUGUGAGAAAGAUCACGCUUGACAGUUUUCUUUUGUAUCCCCAUUCUCAGUGAUGUCCCUCAGCCCAUAAAGAAGAAUCUCCUUUUGACAAUGAACACAUUCAAUGUGCAGUCCUGAGGAGAGGUCCAGGCAGGGAUUACAGAGGCCAGCGAUGCCUCAACAUGCAGCGGUGUUGCUCUGACAGGGUUUGGAAUCAGAAGGAUCCUCUGGAGAACCAUGCCCUGAACAGGGACAACUUGGCACUGAGAUCAGGUCGAUGAGCAGUUCCUCGUGACCCAGCACUGAUACCCAGUCCCGGUGAUGAUUUUCCCCUUAGAACAACUGGGAAUUUCCCUCUGUGCCCUUUCAGCUUCUAGUCCCCACUUUUGUCUUUUCCUCCCCUCCCUGCACCCAGGACACAUGGCCACACCUUCUCUGAGCAAGUGCAGUUGUUCUUGGUCUGGCUGGGAUGGAGUUGAUGGGACUCUGCCACCUGCCAGGCUCAGCACUCAGCCUGCCCGAGGGGCUGCCCAGGGGACUGAGUGUGGGGAGAAGUGUGGGGGUAAGGAGCCCCCAGGCUGGGCGGGAGCCUUCUGGUGCCAAAAGCUGCUGCAUGGAGUAGGGAACUCUCUACUAGACAGGACCCCAGCGUCCUUUUGGUGGGGCUUUGCAAGAUGAGAGAUACAUGCAGGGGUUACCUGCUUCAAGUCUGGCUUUCCUGAGUCUCCCCUUUCUGUUUUCUUUGCCUCAGAAGGAAUGAAAAUAGAGGCUGUAAUGUCCAAGAAAACACUGAGAAUCCUAAGCCUUAUGCUCCCCCAGCAAUUUCCUUUCUGCCCCUCUGCCCCUAGAGAGCAUUGUUGUUGCGUGUCCAGUGUCACCAGGGCCUGUGCGACAUGGCCCUUAGCAGCUGCACACAUCAAAAUAGCCUUGGGCAGUGCUCUGAUGCCAGGAGGGGUCUGCGAGGCAGAGCUGAGUCUACAGCAGCUGUCAUGGACUCUGUGAGCACCAGGGAGGGCUUGUGGGCACAGCGCUAGUGACAGGGAUGUCUGCAGGCAGCAGUGACAUGAGCAGGGAGAGGGAGCUACCCCUGGAAAUGCCAUGGGGCUGGGGCACCUCCAUGCCAUAACCGCAGUACAUAUCCUUUCCCCAUAGCAACCCUGUGGUCUGCUGUCCAUCUCCAGCAUAGAUCUCCAUCCUUCAGAGCUUUGGAAUCUUACAGUGUGCCUUUGAAUUCAUCAGUUCUGGGGUCAGCAUUCAGCUGCAGUUCAGACACUGAUGUUGCAGAUUCCAUCAUGCAGAUACAUCAGUGGAGGAAGUUUGCAGACAAUACCAAUUUAGGUGAACCUAUUGAUCUGCCUGAAGGUAGGAAGGCAUUGCAGGGGGACCUGGAUAUGUUGGAUCAGUUGGUCAAGUCCACUCAUAUGACAUUCAACAAGAUUAAGUGCUAGUUGCUGCACUUGGACAAAAAGCUGAAGUUGUAAGGGCUUGGGAAGAGUGGCUGGAAAGGUGCCUGGCAGGAAAGGACGUGGGGGUGUCAGGUGCCCAGGCGGUCAAAAUGGCCUGGCCUGCAUCAGAAAUUGACAUGUAGGAAUUGCCAGGGAAACUGAGGUUGUUUAAUAUGGAGAAAAAGGAACUGAGAGGAGAUCUCAUUGUUCUGUACAACUACCUGAAAGAAGAUCAUAGUGAGAAGGGUGUCCACCUCUUUUCUGUAGGAAAUCAGCGGGAGACAAGUCUCAUGCUUUCAUGAUCAACAAGUCUCAGCUUUAUUGAAGCACACGCAGGCAUUUAUACGAUAGUUAAUGAGCUACUACAUAUGCCAAAUUGGGUUCUCUUAUUGGUUAGUUCUUUACGUGAGAAAGUAACCUUCAACGCUAGAUACCGUGACAGUCCCGUGAUGAAUGCCCGAUUGUUUACUGCAUACCACUCAAUUUUCUUAACUGCAGCAUGUUCUUAUCACUUCCUUGCUCCUGAGUGAGGGCAGCACAACCUUGCCUGGUUUAAUGAGCAGGGCCCUAUCUCCUUACCAGCUGCAUCCCAUCAUGGCCCCUCUCCCGGAGCCAGUGCUCCGGGUCCCAAAAGCUCUCCACACUUUUCUUAGGUAACAAGUGGUAGGUAACAAGUAACUGGAGCCUACUGAAGUAGUGCUGGGUGCCUAUGGUAGGACAGUGGCGCUCUGCCUAAAAACACUGAGAUUAUGAGCACCUCUUCAUCAACUGAAAUAACAAAAUACUACUAAUAGAAUGUCCGUGAUUUGCCAUGCUAUCCAGAGUUUUUCAGAGUGUGUAUUAAUAGCAAAUUUGUCUUCCCCUGUACUUGCAUUGCCCUGUGUUUGUUUUGCUGUGUAUUUAAUCUUCCUGAUCCUUCAUGUAUUUCUACAUGACCUUACUAAACUGACAGUGUCUAAGACUGCGUACCCAGCA